CACAUCCUCGCACAACCUGCACAGUUCUUGCCAUUCAUAUUCCGCGAUUUUAGAAUUAGGGUUCCAGACCCGCUGUGGAGGACUAGGGUUUAAUUUUCAGCUCUAGCUUUUGCACAGAGAAAGAGAGAGAGAGACGCCAUGGCUCGGAUCAAGGUUCACGAGCUGAGGGGUAAGUCGAAAACGGAACUGUUGGGCCAGUUGAAAGAACUGAAAGCAGAGCUUGCUCUCCUCCGUGUUGCCAAGGUCACCGGCGGUGCCCCCAACAAGCUCUCCAAGAUAAAGGUGGUUAGGUUAUCGAUAGCGCAGGUUUUGACGGUGAUUUCGCAGAAACAGAAGGCAGCUCUGAGGGAAGCCUACAAGAACAAGAAGUACCUGCCCCUUGAUCUGCGUCCCAAGAAGACCAGAGCCAUUCGAAGACGCCUCACCAAACACCAGACAUCUUUGAAGACCGAGAGGGAGAAAAAGAAAGAGAUGUACUUUCCAUUGAGAAAGUAUGCCAUUAAAGUUUGAUUUACUUUUACUUGUUCGGUAGGUUUGAUUUGGAAGAGGGAUUUGGGGUACCUACUCUCAAAUGCAGAGGAUACUUGUUAUUUGAUUUAAAUUAGUUUCUUGUUUGGUUUCCGCGACUCAUUAUUAAAUGAGAACGUAGUUUUGGGUUUUUGUC